ACUAUUUUUCCCGCCAACGCUUUGUGCACGUGCUUGGUUGAUUUUCUGCAGGAAAAGUGAAUUUAUUGCUAAACGACUAAGAAAUGGACAAAACAAAACCUGUUGUCUUUGAUAUAUUUCGUAGCUUCAGAGAUACGAAUGUAAUUUUGGACGACAAAGCUAAAAGUUUAAGAAUUACGGCUGAAUUACUGAAGAAGACUGAAGGGUUAGUAUCAGAAGUAAAAUGGAAUCAUAGCCCUAGAAUGGUUUUGUCGGAAAAAGCUGAAGAUGUUCUCACUUGUUUGAAAUACACGGAAAAUGUAUUUUACUGGAUAAUCCAUUCCCUAAUCGACUCUUUAAACAGUUUUGUGGCGUUCAAAGAAACGAUUGAUAAGGAGGUUGACAUACCACCCGAACCGGAGAAAUUUCACGGCACUUUUCAAGAAUGGAUGACCAUUCAAAUGUUCAACAAGAACUUUACAAUUAUCAACAUUCCAUUGAAAGAUAUUAUUAGAUCAAUGAGGCGUAUUAUAAUCGCCUUAGUCGACGUAUGGAGAAUGCUCAAAAGGAUGUCGGAAUCGAAGGAGGAAACUGGAGCUUUACGAAAAAUAUCAAAUAUUAUGGAAAGACUGAGCGACUCGCUUCAGGAUGCUACCGGAAGUCUCGAUACUAUGUUGGAAUCCUGCAAACUCCUAGACAGGAGAAUGAGGCGUGUUGUAACUGAUAAUGUUAUUCUGACAGGAAAUGUUGAGGGUAAAGGGUGUUCAUUCGGCAAGUACCUCAGUCAUUUAAUGAAGAAAUUAUACAAUUCGACAAGCGACACAAUUAGAGCUAUAAACAAGUCGAAUGAUGAUUUGAAGAAGACGUACGAUCCGGUUGUAUCAAUGGCUAAGGCAACAAGAGAAACUUGUACUGAUUUGGAGAUAUAUAUUAGGAAGUUUAACCAACUUUCCAUUUAAAGAGAAGACAGAAAAUUAAAAUAAAACGCCUAUCUAUCUCGUCUACUAUUCCGCUAUUAUUAAUUAACAUAUACAUUUUCAUAACGAAAGCAAUUUAUGUCUCUAUUUGAUGAUCUCGAAUUGAAAAAAAUCUUUUAUCCUGCAUCGUUACGUAUUCUUUUUCUUUUUUGCUGUUUUUCGUUAAGUUGAACUUUGUUGUAAAAUCGUCAACUCAUUACGUAUAUUUUACGGUUUAUAACACAAUAUUUGCCUUUAUAGAUUACUCUAUUUAACCAUUUCAUAUAUUGUCUGAAAUACAGUACAUUUUCCAAAAAAAGACUUUUGCGUAUAUAAUUUCAAGGACAAAAGUAUAAAGUCGCUUAUAGGAACAUUUUUUAACAGAUAGACUCGAUGCUAAGCAAAGAGAAAAUAUCUCAUUAACCUUUAACAAUGUUUUUAAUAUUUCUUCACCCAAAUCCAAGGUCAAAUGAUGGGAUAAUGUACCACUCUUUCAAUUCUUUCAUGUCAGUAUUUCUCGAAGAAAUAUGAUAGUAUUGAAUAGGAUAAUUUUCAUAUGGUUAAAC